CAAAUGCGCGUCAAUUAUUCUUUCUUGUAUAUAUGAAGCUCUGAUCUGAAAUGUCUUAGCAAGGCUAAAAUAGAUUUCUCAAUCAGAGAGAUGGAAGAGACACAAAGAGAGGCAGCGUGGCACGAGGAAGAAGAACAAGCAGAAGUGGCUAUCUGGAAAUACGCAUUCGGGUUCACAGAAAUGGCGGUAGUCAAGUGUGCCAUUGAGCUUGGGAUAGCCGAUGCCAUUGAAAGCCACGGAAGCCCUAUGACACUCUCCGAGUUGUCAUCAGCUCUAACAUGCGCUCCGUCCCCCCUCUACCGCAUAAUGAGGUUCCUAAUGCACCGCGGAAUAUUCAAAGAGGAACUCACCACCCAUGGCUUCCCAGGUUACGCACAAACGAGUCUAUCCCGCCGUCUAAUCAGAAAUGGAGAGCGUAGCAUGGCUGCUUUGAUUUUGCUAGAAAGCAGCCCGGUGAUGCUAGCACCAUGGCAUAGUUUAAGCGCCCGUGUUCUAGCCAAUGAGACUGCACCAUUUGAUGUGGCUCAUGGCGAAGAUGUAUGGAGCUAUGCUGCGGAAAAUCCCGCUCACAGCAAGCUUAUCAAUGAAGCAAUGGCUUGUGGUGCCAGGAAGGUGGUGCCUGCCAUGAUUCACGGUUGUCCAGAGGUGUUUGAUGGGCUUAGCAGUUUGGUGGAUGUUGGUGGGGGCAAUGGAACGACUUUGCAGAUGUUGGUGAAGGCAUUCCCAUCACUUCAAGGCAUCAACUUUGAUCUUCCUCAUGUUGUUUCUGUUGCGGCAGAGUCCAUUGGAGUUGAACAUGUCGGGGGUGACAUGUUUUCAAGUGUUCCAAAGGCUGAUGCUGCUUUCCUACAGUGGGUUCUCCAUGAUUGGGGAGACAACGAAUGCAUCCAAAUCCUUAAGAAAUGCAGAGAGGCCAUUCCGGGGGACAAAGGGAAGGUAAUAAUUGUUGAGGCGGUGAUUGAAGAAGCAGAAACGGACAAGCUAACUGAUGUGAGGUUGGCGCUAGACAUGAUCAUGAUGGCUCAUACUAAUACUGGCAAAGAGAGGACCUUCAAGGAGUGGGGAUUUGUUCUUGAAAAGGCUGGAUUUAGCAGAUACACAGUGAAACCCAUUCCUGCUCCGCAGUCUGUUAUUGAGGCAUUUCCUUAAUUUCUAUAUAUAUAUAGUAGUUUAAGGAUUGUGCGUGGAUUUCGAUCUAGUCCUUCUAAUUUUCUUUCUGUUGUGCGUGACCGGUUGUUUGAUGUAAUUUUUUUUUUUUUUCCUAUUGUUUUGUUUGGGUUGCUAUUUUAAUAAGUGUGAUUUAAUUUUAA